UAGCGCGUAACAGAACAAUCGCACAAGCUCGUUGCACUCCGCUGUCCCGCACUCAGCGGACCUAUUUCAUAAACCUAACCCUAGAUUUCUCCGCCAAUUUCGUUUUUAGUGGACCGCCUCCUCCGGCCGCCACAUGCCCCGCCAUUACCGCACCUCCGUAAGCCUAAUGGCGGCGGUGGUGCUCUUCGCUGUCACCGGCUGCACCAAUCCGUUACACACCGUCGAUCUACCCGCGUUUCGCGAGGCCCCGGCGUUCCGCAACGGCCGCGGCUGCGCCGCGGCGCCGACCAUACACGUCGCUAUGACCCUCGACGCAACCUACCUCCGGGGAUCCCUCGCCGGCGUUCUAUCGAUCCUGAAGCAUACAUCCUGCCCGGAGAAUGUCACAUUCCACUUCGUCGCCGUUUCUCCAUUCCACGACCUCGGACUUACCGUGGCCGCUGCCUUCCCUUCCCUUCCGUUCCGAAUAUACCGCUUCGAUGACGCGCUGGUUCGCGGUAAGAUCUCGUCCUCGGUCCGGCGAGCUCUCGACCAGCCGCUCAACUACGCGCGAAUCUAUCUCGCGGAUCUUCUUCCGCGGGCAGUUCGCCGCGUCAUCUACUUUGACUCGGACCUCGUGGUCGUAGACGACGUCGCGCGUCUUUGGGGCAUUGAGCUUGGUCCGUACGUGCUCGGUGCACCUGAGUACUGCCACGCGAAUUUCACGGCGUACUUCACUGACCGAUUCUGGUCGGACCCCGACUUCCCCCACGCUCUCGACGGGCGUGCGCGCCGGCCGUGUUAUUUCAACACCGGCGUGAUGGUGAUGGAUCUGGAGAAAUGGAGGGCAGGGGGAUACACGAGGAGGUUAGAGGGGUGGAUGGAGGUUCAGAAGAAGGUGGCGAGGAUCUACGAGCUGGGAUCACUGCCUCCUUUCCUUCUAGUUUUCGCCGGCGAGGUGAAGGGAGUGGAACACCGAUGGAAUCAGCACGGUCUCGGCGGUGACAAUGUAGAGGGGCUAUGCCGGGAUCUACAUCCGGGCCCGGUGAGCUUGCUCCAUUGGAGCGGUAAAGGGAAGCCAUGGCUUCGCCUCGACGCCGGCCGUCCCUGCCAGCUCGACGGGCUCUGGGAACCGUACGAUCUUCUCCUCCGCCGCCGCGACCAAAGCCCCUUCGCCGUCGAUGUCUGAUACCGCCGGCCCGGCCAUUGUCGGUGGAGCAGCGCGCGGGACCCACGGAAUGGGUUGGAAAUUUGGAUGAUUAACAGGGGCAGAAUCGUCAAUUCGAAUGAAUUUACAGCUGGCACGGAGAGGCCAAGGCGGGAUGGAGCUGGAAGCAAUAAUGAAGGAAUCGGACCAAUCGGUGGCCGAUCGGUGUCGCCAGCUCAUAGUGUUUCGUCGUCAUUGGCUAUUUUAUUAUUAUUUUUUUUUCCAUUUUAGCCCAUUAAUUUAAUAUAAUUCGUUUUGAAGUGGAGGGAGGGUCCGAUUUGCAAAUGUAAAAUUUGUUUAAUUGUUCUGGUCAAUAUGUUGUUUUAGUUCCUCUUAGCUUACAAGUUUCUAAGGGGAAUUUAUUUAAUCGUUAUGGAAGUCAAAUAUUGUAUUUGAUGAUUUAGGAAUUUUUUAAGGGGUUAUUUGAUUU